AUGCCCACUCUGCCUGCCGCUGCCGCCACCAUGCUGCUCCUCCCCAGCCUCCUGCUUCUUGCCUGGCUGUCCAUCAGCCUGGCCCACCAUGGGACCCCACGCUGCUACUCGGCGGAAGAGCUGCCCCUCGGCCAGCCCCCCCCACACCUGCUGGCUCGAGGCGCCAAGUGGGAGCAGGCCUUGCCUGUAGCCCUGGUGUCCAGCCUGGAGGCAGGAGACCACAGGCGGCGGCACGAGGGACCCCCGGCUGGGACCCAGUGCCCAGUGCUGCGGCCUGAGGAGGUGCUGGAGGCGGACACCCACCAGCGCUCCAUCUCGCCCUGGAGAUACCGCGUGGACACGGACGAAGCGCGCUUCCCGCAGAAGCUGGCGGUGGCCGAGUGCCUGUGCCGGGGCUGCAUCGACGCGCGCACGGGCCGCGAGACGCCGGCGCUGAGCUCGGUGCGGCUGCGCCAGAGCCUGCUGGUGCUGCGGCGCCAGCCCUGCUCGCGGCUCGGCACGGGCUCCCCCACACCAGGCGCCUUCGCCUUCCACGCCGAGUUCAUCCGCGUGCCCGUGGGCUGCACCUGCGUGCUGCCCCGCUCGGUGCGGUGA